AAUGAUUACCUGAACGGCUGAACUUGUGAAAUUGACAUCUACACUCUAAAUUUACAGGAAAAAAAUAAAAGAGGUUGAUUGAAAUUGACUUUUAAGGUCAGUGGCUGAAUGUCAAGCAGCUUAUAGUGUUCAUAUUUUGUUGACUGUAUCAGGCAGUGCUGAUACGAGCUUUAGAUGAACUCCUUCACUUGGGUAUAAAAUUGAGAUGCUUUUUCCUUUGAGGAAUAAGAUUGAGAUUAAUGUAACUAAGCUACCAAUUCCGUUAGGGUUUCGAUUCCUAUUCUCUAUCAAAAUAAACUUAUUAAAAAUCAAGGAGAAGUAUGAAUAAAAACACAAUUCUCAUUCAAUAUAAACCUGUCACAAAUUGAGGAUAAGUUUGAAUUAAAGUACAUAAGGGAUAGUAACAAGUUUUCCUAAAUACUCUUAGUUCUGUCUCGAUUUGGUACUUCUGUAUAUCUAUAUUUUGGCACCCCCAUGCCUUCUUCCUCUCGUUAGUCUCUGAACUAAUUCGCAUAUGCCAUCGGAAAAUCCUCGGAAAACAGAUAUCGAACAAGAUGCAAGCUAUCGACGAGAUGCAAUGUCUGCACUUUCCGUUACUGCCGCCUGUACCGUUGGUUUGGAAGAGCAAUUUAAAGUACGAGUUUGAUCGCAUUAAGAAACUCAUUGAACAACCUCAACAAGCUGAAGGACGACUUGGUUGUUGGUCCGCUUCUAUAGACACAGAAUUCCCUGGCACAAUAUAUAAAUCCGACAAAGGUCGUCUGAAUGACCCUGAGUACAGUUAUGAGAUGAUGAAGAAGAAUGUGAACGCCACCAAGAUAAUCCAGUUAGGUCUCACACUUGCAGACGUUCGCAAAAAUACCUACACCUGGGAGUUCAAUUUCAACGACUUUGAUAUCGAUCGUGAUCUUGAAGACAAAGACUAGAGUUUCUUGAGCUUUACGGCAUUGAUUUCUGCAAACACAAGGUGGAUGGUAUUCCUUCGCAUGAAUUUGCGAAAGAGUUUAUGAAUGUUGGGCUGUUGGGAAACGAACGUGUAACAUGGGUUGGUUUCCAGAUGUUAUAUGAUAUGGGGGGAUUCUUC